AUGACCUUGGGCCGAGGAGGGAUGGCUUCGGUGGUGCUGAACGUGGGCGGCGCCCGCUACUCGCUGUCCCGGGAACUCUUGAAGGACUUUCCACUGAGUCGGGUGAGCCGGCUCCACGGUUGCCGCUCCGAGCGGGAUGUGCUAGAGGUGUGCGACGACUACGACCGUGAGCGCAACGAAUAUUUCUUCGACAGACACUCGGAGGCCUUCGGCUUCAUCUUGCUCUAUGUGCGCGGCCACGGCAAGCUGCGCUUCGCGCCACGGAUGUGUGAGCUCUCCUUCUAUAACGAGAUGGUCUAUUGGGGUCUGGAGGGCGCACACCUCGAGUACUGCUGCCAGCGCCGCCUAGACGACCGCAUGUCGGACACUUACACCUUCUACUCAGCUGACGAGCUGGGUGCGCCUGGCCGCGAGGAGGCGCGGGCUGCCAGGGGGUCCGAGCCAGCGGCUGCCAAAAAGCGCUGGCUUGAACGGAUGCGCAGGACCUUCGAGGAGCCCACAUCCUCGUUGGCCGCUCAAAUCUUGGCCACCGUAUCGGUGGUGUUCGUGAUCGUAUCCAUGGUGGUACUGUGUGCCAGCACCCUGCCAGACUGGCGGGCCGCUGCUGUGGACAACCACAGCUUGGAGGAACAGAGCAGGUACACCGCCGGCCCUGGGAGGGAGCCUUCCGGGAUAAUUGAAGCCAUCUGUAUAGGGUGGUUCACUGCAGAGUGCAUUGUGAGGUUCAUCGUCUCCAAAAACAAGUGUGAGUUUGUCAAGAGACCCCUGAACAUCAUUGAUUUACUGGCAAUCACUCCCUAUUACAUCUCAGUUUUAAUGACAGUCUUUACAGGAGAGAACUCUCAACUUCAGAGAGCCGGAGUCACCUUGAGAGUACUUAGAAUGAUGAGGAUUUUUUGGGUAAUUAAGCUUGCCCGUCAUUUCAUUGGCCUUCAGACACUUGGUUUGACUCUUAAACGUUGUUAUAGAGAAAUGGUUAUGUUACUUGUCUUUAUUUGUGUUGCCAUGGCAAUCUUUAGUGCACUUUCUCAGCUUCUUGAACAUGGGCUGGACCUGGAAACAUCCAACAAAGAUUAUGCCAGCAUCCCUGCUGCCUGCUGGUGGGUGAUUAUCUCUAUGACUACGGUUGGCUAUGGCGAUAUGUAUCCUAUCACAGUGCCUGGAAGAAUCCUUGGAGGAGUUUGUGUAGUGAGUGGAAUUGUUCUAUUGGCACUACCCAUAACUUUCAUCUACCAUAGCUUUGUGCAAUGUUACCAUGAGCUCAAGUUUAGAUCUGCUAGAUAUAGUAGGAGCCUCUCCACUGAAUUCCUAAAUUGA